AUGUCAGAGAAGCCACUGUAUACCAUACCCAUAGACCAGCGACCACCUCAUGGACCGCUGACAUCCAAGAUCUUCUUCCCUUUGGUCUUCAACCUCGCUCAAUUGGGGAUUAACUCGGCCCAGUUCCUGUGUCUCCCUUUGCUGCUUAUCCCCAUCGUGGGUCGUAGAUGGUUUGACAGCGCGAUUGGCUGGACCAAAGAUGGCUACGGACGUCUCCGUGAGUGA